AUGGGUGUUUCUUUUCGAAGUAACGUGGAUGAAUACCAAUACGAUUCGGACAGAGUUAAGAAGAGCAGUUUUGUGAAUGAAUUGUUGAAUCAAAGAUUGCCAGGAUCAUAUCCUAUUGUCAACGCAAGAUGGACAAUUUCAAUAACCGUAUUUUGCACAUUUUUGUUUUGUGGGAUUUCUGCUAUUAUAAAUCACGCAAAUCGUCAAGUUAAACAUAUUGUAAUACGGUAUGACAACUCCACAUCGGAUUAUAUUGAUUUUGAAAUCCGCGAGGAUAUGCCGAAUCCUGUAUUUUUCUACUACGAACUUCGCAAUACGAAAAGGACGUUUCGAUUUUUAAAUAAUGGCCUUUGUAUGUCUCAAUUAACACGUAUUGAUGGAUCGCAGCAUUGUUUGGAGAAUUCCUUUAAACAUCGACACUACCUAUGUGGAAAUGCAAGCAAUAAAUUGGAAGACAUCAUUCUUGAUAGAUUUUGCUCAAAACGACCAUUAUAUGCUCCUAUAGGAUCACUGGCAUCCGAAAUGUUCAAUGAUACAUUUACACUGUUUCAUGGAUCUUCAAGUAUUAUAUGGGAGGAUGAUAGUUUGCUAUCGGAAAAACAAAGAAGCCUUUAUGCAGCUCCAAAAGAUGGCCGAAACCUCUGCGAAGCGGAAAUGUUCAAAGGAACAUUGAAACCGCAUUCGUGGAAACAACACGUUUGCGAACUUGGCGGAUACCGCAAUACUUCUUUGAUCAUUUGGAUGAACAUGGUUGCCUAUAAUAAUUACAAAAAAAUCUAUAAGCGACUAGAUGAGAAGGCACAUCCCAAUGGAUUGCGUCUUGGAAAAUAUCGCCUAUUUUUCGAAAACAAUUAUUUGCCGCGCGGUGUUGUUAAGCAGUUUUGGAUUCUUCAUCCGUCAUGGAUUGGAACGAAAGCGGAAUUCCUCGAAAAUAUGUACUUGUUCAUUGGAAUGGCUCUUGCAAUCAUUUCGAUAGCCUUGAUUGGUUUCGAGAUGUUGAUGUCUAACAGGAGACGUCAACUUGACAGUUUCGAUGAUUUUUGA